AUGAGCACCGCCAAUACAUCAAGUUUACCCUUUACAGUUCAAGAUGAUAUUGAAGCCAAGGAGAAGUAUGCAGCACAACAAAGAAGCAGCAGUUCGCGUAGCUGCAAUUCCCGUCGUAUUCGAUUAUGGUCCGUGAUUGCGUUUGUUUCCUUGGCAACAUUAUGUUUGGUCAGUUAUUAUGACAAAGACUCACUGCCAUCUGGUCUUAUUGCGGACAGCACCGAUUCAAAUACGGUCCACAUCUUGCCAGUGUCUGCCGAGAAAGAGGAUGAAGUCAACACUAUAAAGCCAAUGAGCCUGAAAGAUGAAAUCAUGAGUCGCAUUCAGGGUCAUCAGCUAAUCGUAUUCAGCAAAACUUAUUGUCCAUUUUCGAAAAAGGCAAAGCGAAUUUUAGGUUUAUACAAUCUGAAAGAGCCUCUUGAGGUUGUAGAAGUUGAUUUGCGAGAUGAUGAUUACCAGGUCAAGAUGACAUUAAACGAUAUAUCUGGCAGGGCAACGUUCCCAAACAUCUUUUUGAACGGACAAUCGAUUGGAGGAGCUGACGAUCUUGAAGAGUUACAUGAAACUGGACAACUGGCAAUCCUAUUAAGGAAGAACCAAUUACUCUUGGGAUGA